UUGAAGUGUGACAAACUUAACAAACUUUACCUAUCUAGUUUUCAUAUGCUAAGAAAAUUAGGUAGUAACAUAGUGUGGGUUUGUUAAGAGAUCAAGCAUCAGGGUCAAUUACGUCCUUUUAUGUCUCAGGUGUUUCUAUGGUUUCUUGUUAGUGUGUUUCUCAGUUCCACAUCAUGGAUUGCCAGUGGCACAGUGCAGGCAUCACAUAAUGGCCUUGCUCCUAUGAAUGUAUUUGGAAUACAUGCGCACACCAUACACUUAUCCUACACAGGGUCACAGGAAGUUAUCCAGCCUAUACUGAGUGAUUAUACAUGCUGAUAAGUAAAAAUCAGAUUGUAUGUUGGUGAAAGUUAUUCACACAGUAAGUGGCCGCACAGUGACGUCACGCCCAGGCCCACCUGGGUCAAGUCAAGCUCCGCCCCAUUCACCCUUUUACCUAUCCACAGUCUUUAUUAAUUUAGUAAAUGCAAGUGCUUUGAGUUUAGCGACCCGUCAGGACUCAGGAAUGGAGGCGCAGACGGUAGUAAACACAGGUUUCUUAGAGAAGCCGAGUAUGAACAGGGAGAACGCGAGGCUGGGUUUCUGCGGCGCCGUGUUCAUCAUGCUGAAGUCUGCUCUGGGUGCAGGACUGCUCAACUUUCCCUGGGCUUUCUCCCGAGCUGGAGGAGUUCACGCUGCAGUCACAGUGGAGAUGUUUUCUCUCAUAUUCCUCGUUAGUGGACUGGUGAUACUGGGCUACUCAUCCUCCAUCAGUGGUCAGAGCACAUACCAGGCUGUGGUGGGGCACAUCUGUGGGCCUGCAAUAGGCAAACUGUGUGAGCUCUGCUUCGUCUUCAAUGUCUUCAUGAUCUGUGUGGCAUUUCUGGUUAUAUUGGCAGACCAGCUUAAAAAAUUGAGUAUUUCCAUACAUGGGCUAAUCACAGGUUCAACUGGGAACGAGAUGCCUUAUCACUGGUACACAGACCAGAGUUUUACACUUUUCCUUGUGUGUCUCUUUGUGAUUCUUCCUCUCUCAAUUCCUAAGGAGUUUUGGAUACAGAAGUAUACCAGCGCAUUAGGCACUGUAGCUGCCACCUAUUUGACUGUAGCCAUUGUUAUAAGAUAUUACACAAGAACAGUCCCCGAGGGCCACCUGUCCCCUUCAUACAACAGUGGGAUGGGCUUUUGGGCUUCAAUCUUCAGCGUCAUCCCCACAAUCUGCUUUGGCUUUCAGUGUCAUGAGUGCAGCGUUGCCAUCUACAGCAGUCUGGAGAAUAAGAAGCUUUCCAACUGGGUCAUAAUCUCAUUAUUUUCUAUGCUCAUCUGCCUUGUUAUCUACACACUAACUGGUAUCUAUGGGUAUCUCACCUUUGGGAGGAACGUUGCUGCUGAUGUUCUGAUGUCAUAUAGUGGAGAUGAUGUUCUUAUGAUCAUUGCAAGGUUACUCUUUGGGGUUUCCAUUAUCACCAUCUACCCCAUUGCUCUUUUACUUGGAAGGUUGGUGAUUCAGGAUCCCUUGCUGCGGCACAGAGAGACUUAUGAGACCUGCAUCAGAGUUGCUUUGACUGCAGUGUGGAUCCUCAUCACUCUCCUCAUUGCUCUGUUUGUUCCAGACAUCAGCAAAGUCAUCAGCAUUAUUGGUGGCAUUAGUGCAUUCUUCAUCUUUGUCUUCCCAGGACUUUGUUUAACAUUUGCAAUGCAGUCUCAGCCAAUGUCAGCAACACUAAGGUGGAUCUUAAUUGCAUGGGGGAUGAUCACAGUUUUAUGUGGCACAUUCAUUUUUGGCCAGAGCACUUUCUUUGCCAUUAUGCAGGUCUUUCAUAAGCUAUGAUCCUUGUCAACAUUUGAAACUCUACCUCUGAACAGAACUCUUCUGUUCUCAACGAAACACUGCAAAAGUGUGAAUGUUUGACAAAAGUCUGACAAAAUAUCUCUGGGAAAUCCAUGAAUAUAUUGAUAUGUUGGUAUGUCAUCUUUUUAAAAUACAUUUUUAUGGUAUGCAAAAUUAUAAUAAUAGUAUUUUAAUAGUAUAUUAAG